UGCAGAAUGGUUCUUUACGAGGACCCAGGGAAGAUAUGCUUCCAAAUACUGUAAUUCAGGAGGAUGAUGGUAGAACCGCACUUCAUGAAGCGGCUACAAUUGGUGAUGAAAAAACUCUUCAAACUUUAUUAAAUGCUGGGGCGAAUCGAAAUGCCAAAGAUAGAAAACAUGCAAAUACACCAUUACAUGAAGCUGCCUGGAGGGGUUUUAGUCGAAGUGUAAAACUUUUAUGCUCUUUACCACCAUUACCAAAAAGUGUUAAACAAAAAAAUGGUGUAAAUGAAUCACGUGGCGCAUUACAUAGCACAUUGUUGGGAACUCGAAAUGGUGGAGGAUUUUCAGCGCUUCAUUUAGCCUCGCAAAAUGGCCAUAAUCAAAGUUGUCGUGAAAUAUUGUUAGCUGGAGCAGAUCCUGAUGUGCAAAAUAAUUAUGGUGAUACUCCGUUACAUACUGCUUGUAGAUAUGGACACGCUGGAGCUACAAGAAUACUAAUUUCAGCUAAAUGUGAUCCAAAUAGAACAAAUUUAAAUGGCGAUACAGCUUUACAUAUAGCAUGUGCAAUGGGCCGAAGAAAACUUACAAGAAUUCUUCUGGAAGCUGGGGCAAAUCCUGACAUAAAAAAUGCUCAAAAUGAGACUCCAAACGAUAUAGCAUUUAGAAAAAAAUUAACAGAAAUAAUUGAAAUUUUAAGUAGUCCUAUAGAAGUUAAGCAUGUGAAAACGGAACGGGACAGAAGUAGUAGCAAUAGUAAAAGUAAUAAAGACAGAACUGAUGGUAAAUCAAUUUGUCCUGAUAAAUCCAAAAAUCAACGUUCAGAUUUAGUCGCGAACCCAGUUAAUUGGUCACCUUAUGGAUGUCAUUAUUUUCCAGAUCCGAGAUCAUUUCCUGCACCAAAAUUAGAUACAUUACCAAAAGAACCCCUAAAUGCUGGUGAGCAAUAUUUUUUAGAUUUAGCUGGAAAUAUUCGCAAAGGUCCCGUUGGUGUUGGAAACACUUGUUAUUGUGGGCCAUUUUUCAGGCAUAUUGAAGAAAGAAUCAGUAAAAACAGAAAAAGUCUCAAAAAAUAUGUUCAUAAAGCUACUGAACGUCUCGAUAAUAAAGUACAAGCUUUAGCCUUAAAAACUGAUGAUCAAAUUGAACAACUUACAAAAUCUAUGUUAGCAGAUAGGAUAAGAUGUGAUGGACGUCGUUUACAUUUAGAGCAAUGGUUAAAACGGGGUGACCCACAUAGAUUGACGACGGGUGGUCAUCAUUCCAAAUCUAGGAAGAACGCUGAAAAUGCUAACACGUUGACACGUUGUAAAAGCUUGGAACUUUUAGGAGAACAUCAGGAAAAUUUUAGCAAAAUGCCAAAUUCAAAAAGUGUUGAAAUUUUGGAUGAAACACAAAUAAUAAUACAUCGUGACGCUGAUCAUCAACAAUCUAACGAAAAUAUUCAUAAUUCUUUAAUUAAUAACCGAAAAAUGAAUCAAAAUAGUUCGGAGAGAAGUCGAAGUAGUGGUGAUCGAAUGGAAUCAGGACAUCUGUUUAGUAAGACUGGACCUCAGAAUGUUUCCCAAAGAUUAGAGCAGUUAUUAGCUAAAACAAACGAAAUUUUAGAAAUGGAGAAAAAAGCUCGUCGACGAAACAAGGAAGCUCUUAUUCCAGUUGGUCCCAACAUUGUAAACUCUUCAAAAAAGAAAGUUGGAAAAAAUUGUACCUCUUUAUAUAACCCUGACAUUACAGAGAAAUUAAAACAUUUGAAUUUAAAUAAUCCUUCGCAAAAUUCUCAAAUCAAAUAUCCUAAUUUAAAUAAUUCGAAUAAAAAUCAGGAGUAUAUUGAAAAUGCAAUGAAAAAAAUAACUUCUUCACUUGCUAAUGAGACAGACGAGGCUAUGAAAUUUGGCGAUGGAACAAGUAAAUCAUUUAGUCCAGAUGUAGAUAUUAAAGAUUUUCCUAUAAGCCAAAAAGAACUGGACAGAAAAUGUGAUCAGGAACAUGAAAAAUCUAGUAUCUUAAGCAGUAGCUCACAUAAAAAUCCAAGCUCUAUUGGGAGUGGGUAUAUACCGGACUUUAGUCAAACAUACAAUAAUCAGUUACGUGUUAGUCGAAAUAGCAAGUCUGGAACUAGUGAUAACUCACAUUCUAGUAAAUUAACAGCUACCCAAGCAACACACGAACCUAACACAGAUAUUCUUGAAAAUCCUAUAAUUAAACCAAAGGAAGGAGGCGACGUUGCUAAUAGAAAAUUCAAAAAUCUUAUAUCAGCUUUAAAGAAAGAUUAUCAUUCUACAAAAGAUGCUAUCGAAUCACAAAUCAGGGCACAAUCUAUAGAAAAUGCAUCAUCUGAGGAAGAAGAUGAGGAUGAAGAUGAACUGUCUAUAGAUCAUUAUGAAAAUGAAGAACUUCAUAAUUUGGAAAGUUGUAGUGAGGACGAUGGUGAUGUUGAUGGCAGCGACUACAGACAUCGUGAUCAUUUUUAUAACCCGAAUGAAUUAAGUGAAAUUGAUUCCAAAGCUUUAAAUUUAGGUUUCUUUAAAAAUGAUUCAUUUCAAGAUGUUAUAUGUCAACCUAUAGAUUCAGUUUCUUCUGAAAAUCAACAUCGUACUACACAAUUUGGGCUUGCAGACGAAACAUCGCCUGAAUCAACAAAGACUAAUCAAUUAAAUGAAUUCAAGAAAAGACUGUCAAGUGGUUCGAACUGGAAAAGCCAGAUGUUAAGAAAAACUCAACAGAUUUUAAAUUUAAAUGGAUUUGGUAAUGAAAAUGUCAACGAAGAUCCCAAAAAUAGUACAAAUGGAAUAGUGAAAAAAAUUGAAAUAAGAAAUAGUGAAAUAAAAACUCUUAAACCCAAUCCAACAGGAGCAUUAAAGCGAUCUAAAGUUCAAGAACUUGUAGCCAAAAUACAAGGUAAAGACUCACAAUAUAUAGCUGAAUCACAAAAGAAUGGGCAUACAGAUGAAAAUGACGAAAAUUUUGAAACGGAUCAUAUUUAUCAGCGUUUACCUUCUGCUUACAACUCUAGUGAAAAAAAAGAUAAUCCUAAUUUUAAGUCUGAUUACAAUUGUGGAAAACCUCAUUUUCAAGAGCAAGCUCAACAGAACUCUACUCAACAUUUUGUUCAUUUACAAUCAAAUUUUGAAAAUAAUUUAAGGAUGUCAAAUUCUGGUGAAUUUAACUAUAAUCCUAGAACCAUAAUACCCAAAGAUGCUUAUUUUCAUGAAUUACCAAAUAAAAAUCACUUACGUCCAAUAUGUGAUAAACUUCCUGAAAAGCAAUUAUUAAAUUUUUCAUCUAACAGUCCUCGCACAGCUGCUAUAAAUGAUAACUAUAUUCACAAUGUAAGUCCAACAUUAUUAGCAAGCAGAACAAGAAAUCCUCUACCAUAUAAUAUGACAACUGGUGAUUAUUCAAAUAUUUCCCAAAUUGGACAAGAUUUAUGUAUAGAAAAAUCUUCUUACCGUAAUUAUACAAAUUUGUUACCAACAGAGCGUACUAUAAAUCCAAUUGUAACCCAUAUACAUCAACAUAAACAAAAUAUGGCUAUACCAAUGCCCGCUGUUAGACAUUUUAUUAAUCACCAACAUAACCAGCAACCUGAUAAAUUAAUAGGUAUUAAAAAAUUUGUACUCUCAUCACCAUCCUUUGAUUGUGAUUACAAUCCAAAUUCAAAUUAUGGUCAGACACAUUCAUCUGAGCAACAUCUACAAUCCCAAGCAAAGCAACAUCAGCAUUUAUCAGUAUCAACUGAUAUAAUUACCCCUGAACAAGCUCAAUUUGAACGUGAUUUAAGUAAUGAUUCUGGUUUUAGUACAAAAAUUGGUGGAAGUUCUUUAGGACCCAGUCCAAGUCUAUCUGGUAAUAAUGACUAUUCAAUAAUUCAAAGAAACGGAAGUACAUCAAUAUUACACAAUCAUUCCAAUGUUGCUUUAAUUAAUAAUAAAACUAAUAAUUCAAAUUUAGAUGGUACCAAUAAUAUCCAAUGUUAUAUUGGAAACACAUCCAGUUUGGUAUGAAACAGAAAACUAUUUUAAAAACACAACAUGGGUACAUUUUAGUUUUACAAGUGACAA